GAGGGGUAUAUAUAGGCUAUCUUGGUAAAGGUUACACACCCAUUAAUAACAAUAUACUCGUCAGGAACAUCUCUUCUUUCAAUCAAUGGCUCCGAGUUUUCCUGAAUCAGAAGCACUGUUCAAUUUUGUCGUCCGUGAAGGAAAUGGUGUCAAAGGAAUGGUGGACCUAGGCCUACCAACGGUACCACGCCAAUAUAUCCAACCUCCGGAAGAAAGAAUCGACAAGCUAAAGUCGACUUUAAAUGAUAACCCACCAAUUGAUUUGUCAAAACUAGAUGGUCCUGAUCAUAACCAAGUGGUGGAGGCACUUGCUAAAGCUGCGGAGACUCUUGGGUUCUUCCAAGUGGUGAACCAUGGCGUACGGAUUGAGCUGCUAGAGUCCUUGAAGGCUGCAGCUCAUAGUUUCUUUAGCCAACCACCUGAAAAGAAGGCUGUAUAUCUCAAGGGCGUCAGCCCUAGCCCACUGGUAAAAUACGGCACAAGUUUUGCGCCAGAAAAAGAGAAGGCCCUGGAAUGGAAAGAUUAUGUCAGCAUGGUGUAUAGUAAUGAUGCUGAAGCGCUUGAGUUUUGGCCUAAAGAAUGCAAGGAUGUUGCACUGGAAUAUUUAAGAACAUCAGUGAACAUGGUGAGAAAAGUACUAGAAAUCCUGAUUGAAAAGCUAGGAGUGAAACUAGAUGAUGCAGAAAUAGAAGCAUUAAUUGGGCUGAAGAUGGUAAACAUUAAUUUCUAUCCAACUUGCCCAAAUCCUGAGCUUACUGUUGGGGUUGGACGUCAUUCGGACAUGGGUACCCUUACUGUAUUAUUGCAAGAUGAAAUUGGCGGUUUGUAUGUUAAAGUGGAGGAAACCAUCGAUGGCAAGAAAAAAGGAGACUGGAUGGAGAUCCCACCAGUUCCUGGUGCUCUGGUCAUUAACGUUGGCGAUACAUUACAGAUACUAAGCAACGGAAAGUAUAAAAGUGCUGAACAUAGAGUGCGGACAACAAGUGCCAAAUCAAGAGUGUCGAUACCAAUUUUUACAAUCCCAAAACCAACUGUAAAGAUUGGACCAUUGCCUCAAACGGUGGAUAAAGAUGGAGUGGCUCUUUAUAGAGAGGUUGUGUUUGGGGAUUACAUGAACAAUUUCUUUGGCAACGCUCAUGAAGGAAAGAAGUCUCUUGAGUUUGCAAGGAUCAAUUAGUUUGCUUCCCUCGAUCCAAUUGCUGCUGUUUGCUCCAUUGUUAUGCCCUCUCCCACAAGUUUCCUGUUGUGAUAAAUACAUAGCAAAUAAGACGUGUUUUACUUUUGUGUAUUUAUUAUUAUGUAACUUGGCUGUGAGGUCAAAGACUUGGCUUAUAUAUAUUUAGUUUGAAGAAAGGAAUUUCAGUUUCUUAUGAUCGCUACUAGAUCAUAAGAAAGGUUAGUAA